UAAAAAUAGUUGCAGAAGCUAAGAAUGCUUCAUUUAAAAAAAAGAAAGAUAAAUAUCGGUGAAGACGAGGAAGAAAGUGAGAGUCUUGAAGGAGGACACAAUGUAUUCAGUUUUAAAGGAAAAGAAAAAGUUUCUACUACUAGUAAGGGGGGAGUUCAAGCAACUAUAAAUCAAAUGAUGAAAGAAGGAUACAAAGAAGAAGUUGAUGCUGAAGUUGCUGAAUUCUUUUACACUAGUCCCAUUCCUUUUAAUGUAAUUAGAAAUCCAGCAUUUGCAAAGACGUGUGAAGUGAUUGGUAAGUAUGGAGUUGGAUACAAACCACAAUCUUAUCAUGAUAUUAGAGAGAAGCUCUUGAAACAAGCUGUGAAGAAAACUGAUGCAAAUCUUGAGGAAUAUAAGGAGUGGAAGAAAACUGGAUGUACAAUUAUGUCUGAUGGUUGGGCGGAUAGAAAAAAACAUUUUAUUUGCAACUUCUUGGUGAAUAGUCCUAGAGGGACGGUUUUUCUUUAUUCACUUGACACUUCAGACAUUUCAAAAAUAGUUGAUAAAGUUUUCAAAAUGUUGGAUGAUGUUGUUGAGUUUGUUGGAGAAGAAAAUGUUGUUCAAGUUGUCACUGAUAAUGCUGCAAAUUUCAAGGCAGCCGAAGAGUUGUUGAUGCAAAAGAGGGAAAAAUUGUAAUGGACUCCAUGUGCAGCACAUUGCAUUGAUUUGAUAUUCGAAGAUUUUGAAGGUCCAUGAAUUGACCAUUAAGAAGGAAAGAAAAAUUACCACUUACAUUUAUGGGAG